GACUCCCCAACUCUCGCGAGAAUUUUGUCGGUUUGCAAGAUGGCGGCGCGGAGGAGUUCGGUGGAGGAUCGGGGACCAGGGGAGCGGUCGGGUGGCUGCCCCAUCCCCGGUUUCAGCGACGCUGAUAGCUUUGUGAAGCAUGUUUUGGGAACAGUGGUUUCAGCCACAAAAGCUUCCAAUGGACUUCCUCAACCUGGUGAUGAGUUUGAUUUUUAUCGGAGUUUCCCUGGAUUUCAGGCAUUCUGUGAUACACAAGCUGAUCAACUCCUGAGCUGCAUGAGUCAGCUUAUGCAGUACCACAGCUGUCGAAGUCACAUCAAAGGCCGCCACAAGGUGACAGAGCUGGAAGACAAAUUUGACUUAUUGGUGGAUGCAAACGAUGUCAUUCUAGAGCAAGUAGGUAUUUUGUUGGAUGAAGCUUCAGGUGUGAACAAAAACCAGCAGCCAGUUCUUCCAGAAGGACUUCAGCCGCCAAAAACCAUCAUCUCCAGCUGGAACCGCAAGAAUACCGAAACAAAAAGAUCAAAGUCCGAAACGUUCCGUCUGUUUCAUGCUAAAAACAUCCCACGUCCUCAGAUGAAGUUCAAGGAGAAGGUCGACAACUCUAAUACUCCUUUCGUACCAAAACUCUUCACAAAACCCAAUGCCCUAAAACCACUCCCUGAAGUGUUUUUAAACAGGCGAAGUCGAAUGGAACGCCCAGAGGAUCUUGAUGUACCAGCUGCAUUGGCUGACUUCAUUCAUCAGCAGAGAACACAACAAAAUGAACAGAACAUGUUUGCACAUCCAUAUCAGUAUGAGCUGAAUCACUUCGAACCAUCAGAGUCUGUACUUGCCAAAACAGAGCCACAGAUGUACAAACCUCUGUCUGAGACUAACUUUCACUUAAUCACAACCUUUGAAGAACUGGUGGAACUGAAUGAAAAACUCUCAAAGUGUAAAGAAUUUGCAGUGGAUUUGGAGCACCAUUCAUACCGGAGUUUCCUGGGAUUAACCUGUUUAAUGCAGCUAUCAACCAGAGAAGAGGAUUUUGUUAUCGAUACACUUGAACUGCGCAGCGAAAUGUACAUUCUGAAUGAAGUCUUCACUGAUCCCUCCAUUGUUAAGGUUUUUCAUGGCGCAGACUCAGAUGUUGAAUGGUUGCAGAGAGAUUUAGGACUGUAUGUCGUCAAUAUGUUUGACACACACCAAGCUGCACGCAUUCUCAACCUGGGACGGCAUUCUCUGGAUUACCUGUUGAAGCAGUACUGUGAUGUGCAGGCUGAUAAACGAUACCAGCUGGCCGAUUGGAGAAUACGACCAUUGCCUAAUGAGAUGUUGCAUUACGCUCAAGAAGACACCCACUACUUGCUGUACAUUUAUGACAAGAUGAAGAACCAAUUAUGGGAACAGGGGAAUGAACAGGCAAAUCUCGUUCAAAUGGUGUGUCAGAAGAGCAGAGAUAUCUGUCUUAAGAAAUACUACAAGCCAAUUUUCACAGAAGAAUCCUACCUAGAUCUGUAUAGGAAGCAAAAAAAGCAACUUAACACACAGCAGCUUACAGCAUUCAGACUGCUUUAUGCCUGGCGGGACAAGAUUUCACGACUCGAGGACGAAAGCACAGGGUAUGUGCUACCCAACCACAUGAUGAUCAAAAUAGCAGAGGAGCUGCCGAAAGAGCCUCAGGGUAUCAUAGCUUGCUGCAACCCCAUUCCUCCACUGGUUCGCCAACAGAUCAAUGAGCUGCACCUCCUGGUCCAGCAGGCACGUGAUAUGCCUCUUCUCAAGACAGAAUCAACGCCAUUGCAACAGAAGAAAGGCCCUUUACUAAAGGCAGAUAAAACUGAGAACGUGCUCUUUGGACCUCAUGAUAGCUCCCACCUGUCAGGCAAUGGCUCAGUGCCACUGAUCCAAACCAGUAAACUGUUCCCUGAACUGGAGGAUGACAAUGUGACCUUGACACUCACUUCUGCCAAAGCAAUUGUUACCAUAUUUGACGAUCCUGCUACAAAUGAAAAGGAACAUGAAACAUUGACAACAGCACAACAAAAAGCAAGAGCCAUUUUAGAAUCAUUUGAAAACCCUUUCAGAAUGUAUUUACCUUCCAAGGACAGUAAUGUAUACAUUUCACAAGCAGCAAAGUUUGACCCGUCCACCAAGAUUUAUGAAGUCAGUAACAGGUGGAAGUUGCUGAGCCAGGAACACCUACAGAAAGAGGCAACCAAAAAGCAAGAACAAACCAAGAAAGCAAAGGACACCCCAAAGCCUGAAGUUGUGCGGCAACAGAUGCAACAGGAUUAUAUUGCUGAAGUACAAGAGAUCCCUUCAGUCAGACAGCAGGCUGCAAUGGCAGCAGAACAGCAAUCGGUGAAGAGGGAGCGAGCAAAGAGUGGAACAGGAACUGAGACAGCACCUCCAGAAAAGAAGAAGCCAAAAUCGGGGAUAGAGGAGCUGAAAAAUCCCAAAAGUUUCAAACCAUUUGAUUACAGCAAGUCCAAUUUCAAAGUUUUUGCAGCUGGCAGCAAAUCUAAGGAAUCAACCCAGUUUGAUCCCAGUCAUGAAGCAGACGUGCUUCAUUCUAAGAAAACUGGAAAGAAGAAUCGUCAAUCUGCAGGUAACAGAAGCAUGACCUUCACCAGCAGCAAAUCAGAUAGAGGCUUCAGGCACAGUUGGCCAAAGAGAUAGAGCACUGAGGUCGGAACGCGCUGAACAAAACCACCUUUGCUGUUGAGGCUAUUACUAUUUUCACGUCAAUACUAUGUACUUGAUUGGUUUUAAUUUCUAAAAUUUCUUGGACAUUGUUGCACUGUGUGAGAAGCUUUAUACAAUAAACCUUUUAACAAAAUGUUAAA